CGUCUUGUUGCAUAGUACGAAAAGCCAGUCCUCGCAAGCGUGUAUUUACUUAUAUUUUUUUCAAAAUGCUUGUGCAUAAAUGUGUUUUUAUCUACACUGUUCCAAUAAAACUGGUGAGCUAAAGUCACUUUUUGGUUUUCCAAAAGAUCAGGAAACAAAAAUGGGAUUCGUCGUAGACAAGGUUUCUGAGGAUUCGUUUUAUGAAAACUUGCUCCUCGGACUGUCAAAGGUUUUGGAGAAGAAUCCCUGCGUAUCCAAGAUAACCCUUAAAAGACUCCAAGGCCUAAGACAAGUAGAUAUUCGAGCAUGGGAACAUAACAACGGGGUCAUUCUACCGGAGGAUCUACGUUCGUUCUACUCUUCUACAAACGGUUUCCUGUUCACCUACGAAUUCUCUUAUGAUUACCAUGCCAGCUCUGAGGAAGAAAAGGAUUUUAAAUUAGGGCUGAUUCAAAUUAACCCUAUGACAGAUUUCAUCAGAACCUUUGGGUAUGAAACGAAAAACACCGCUCAAGUAGACACCAUCGGCAAGAAAAAAGUCUUAAGUUUAUCCAGGGAGAGCAAGGUAUUUGAACUGGCAAACAUAGACGACAACGCCAAAGUCGUGUGGGUCUAUCCCACGACAUAUUCGGUACCCGCCAUAUGGUUCUACAGCGGGCAAAUGCACUUUAGUUACUUAGCAGAAGAUUUCACCACGUAUUUUCGCAUGUGUAUCGCACAUUUGGGGAUUCCCUGUUGGCAAUACGCCUUUUCGAAAGAGGGUCUGCCCGAAUGGAGCAAGGAAAUGUUCACCCUAAUCGCCCCGGGCAUCUUAUCGGAGGAUCGUAACUUAAUCGACAGCCACAGCUACAAAUACAGCAUCGAGCACACCAACAAAAUCGAUCCGAAUAUUUUUAAUAUUACGCCCCAAAGUUGUGUCGCUUUGCCCUCGGAUCGCCAACAGAGUCAGGCCAGGCAGCCCGCCGAAAAUAAAAACAAGGAUAAAGGGAAGAAUAGGAAUUUGGCUAGACGGGUGUUGAGUUGUAAAGGCAAAAGAGGCGGGCUUUAAAUAAAAUAUAUAAACAAACAUAA